UCUUGGCGGCCGGUGCCGACGAAGGUCAAGGGUUUUGCAUCGCCUUCCUUUCAUCCUCGGAACAAUGGCGCCCCCGAAGAAGGCGAAGAAGAGUGCUGAGAGCAUAAACAACCGGCUUGCUCUCGUUAUGAAGAGCGGGAAGUAUACCCUCGGGUAUAAGACGGUUCUAAGAUCCCUGAGGAAUUCUAAAGGGAAGCUGAUACUUAUUGCAAACAAUUGCCCUCCUCUCCGCAAGUCUGAAAUUGAGUAUUAUGCAAUGUUGUCUAAGGUUGGCGUACAUCAUUUUAAUGGGAAUAAUGUGGACCUCGGAACAGCUUGCGGCAAGUAUUUCCGUGUAAGCUGCCUUAGCAUCAUUGAUCCUGGUGACUCUGACAUCAUCAAGAGUAUCCCAGGUGACCAGUGAGAGAAUGGAGAGAAAUGUAGGUUGUACUUGUGAUUUAGGGAUUAAAUGUGGUCAAUCAGUCAAGUGCUUGCUUGGCCUAGGGUUGUUACCAACUAUAAUUAGCUGUGUGGAUUUUGAUUUCAAAUUGGUGCGAGAUAACUGAGCUAGAUUCAUCAUUUUGUUUGGACAUUUUGUCACAUUUUAUUGUGAAGGGAGACUGAUUCUUUUGCCCCAGGUGAGAUGUUUUAUAUUUUUUAUGGAUUGUGAAGCCAUAUUCUAAUUACAUUUUGGGUAAAUUAUGUUUAUAAUCCCGGACUAA